GCUAUAACAACCACAACAAGCCAUUAUAAUUUGUUUGGUCGAUAAGACAACUUGGUGUAAAUAUUUUUAUUUUUAAGCUGAUAAUAAUUAUUUAGUUGAAUAUGAGCAAAUCAAGUAAUCCUUCUUAUGAAUUAGAUAACAUUACUCUUGCAAAGUUAAGAAGACUUAAAAUACAAGAAAAUAUAUUGACUUCCUCAGUUAAUAAAUCACUUUCUAAGUUGGGAUUAAAUGAUGAUGAUUUUGCAACUUUUAAAGCUACAAUUGAAUUUAAAAAAUACGAAUCAUCAUUGCAAAGCAACUUAAUCGAAAUUAAAAAUUUGUUGGAGGAUGUUAAAAUAGCCACAGAUGCUAGAGGGGACAUCGAAAAACUCGAUAUCGACGAAGUAAAAAGAGAUGUUUUACGGCUAGAAGAGAAAUUAAGAACGUUCAAAACAUAUUUACGAAGUGAACUAACGGCGUUAAAAAUUAGUGCGAAUGAAAUUGAACAUGAGUUAUUGAUCAAUCAAAAAGAAAAAAAGGAAUUAAAAAAGUCAAUUAACAAAUCCCGUGUAAAGAAGUUCACCGAAAUCGUACCGAGUCCUGUCAGAAUACUUAGAAAUUCCCCUUUCAAGUGUCCGGAAGUGCAGAGAUUUCAAGAAUUCGUAUCAAAUAGCAAGCGUUAUAACGGUUGGAACGAAUACAACCAUAAUAUUUUUAUACAGAUAUGGAGUAAACAUUUUAACACCAGAAAUAUCGAAGCCAAUACGAACGACAUUAAAAAUGUUGAACAAUUUGAUCAGUUCAAGGACGAAGUCAUGUCAAAGAUUUCAGGAUUGAAUUGUGUUGAUGUAACGUCGCAUUAUAAAUGGUAUUCACAAUACAUUUAUUUAAAAAAUAAACAACAAGAAGCUUUAGAAAAAUGGAAAGAGGACAGAGAGUAUAAACAGAAUAGAAGGAUAUCGAGACAAGAGGCAAAACAAGUUUCACGGUCAAACAGGUCAUCGGAGUCAUCGAAUAACAUCGAUAAAAGAUUCUCGACUAAGCAAACAUUAAAAGAUAACUCUAAAAAUGUAGAUGAUACAAUUAUGGAAUCCUAUAGUAAAAGUAGAAAAUCUUUAAAAUCCCCUACAAACUAUAAAAACGAGGAUGAUUACGACGGAUUUUCAAGAUUAUUAAAAUCAACCGAACAAUGGAGAAAUAAAUGCCUGGGAGAAAAGGACAAAAUGCAGAUAUUUUCCGCUCCAACAAUUGAUAAAAGACAAUUAGGAAUACCGUCAUGGCGUUUGGGAUUACAAGAUAUAUAAAGACUCUUGACCUCUGAAUCGAAAUGUUGGCUAAUAAUUUUAAAUUUAUUGAUUGAUGAACUGGGAUUUAUCAUCGCAUAACACAACCAACGACGCAAGAGUCGCUUUGUAGAAAGCUGUUCCCAUUGUAAGCAUAGAAAUAUUUAAUAUAAGGCUGCAAAUUGUAAUAGUAAAUAAAUAGUAAACUCUUUU